AUGCUGAGAAGUCCAAGGAGCUGCGACAGGGACAGCGGCAGUGGCAAUAGUAGCAGAAGCAGAAGUAAUAGCCGAGGACAACACUCCAAGCACCUUUGCCCUGCCAAAGCAUCUGAGUUGUCCGCAACUGAGGGUGAGGAGACGGCGAAGACAAGUGAUGGCGCGAGUAGCAGAAAGAGCAGCACGAGAUGCAGUAGUACUAGCCCCAGAUCGCAAGACAGACGCGUCUGCGCAGCAAGUAUGGCUAGUGGGUACGGUGACGGGGCAAACAGCAACGACAGGUGCAGCAGUAACAGCAGUGCCGUCAGGGAACUAAUUGACCUUGACAGUGAAGAGGACGAUGACUGUCUUUUUAUUGGCAGAAGAGAUGCCGCACCAGUAGCAGCAACGGACUCGGAAGCAGAGCGACUACUUGGAGUGCAUCAUAACGGCUGCCCGAGGAGAGCCAACGAUAGCGGCAGAAGCACACCUUUACCAUUCGACUACUCUCUUCGUGGAGCGCCAUCGCAUCAGCGGCACCAGCAGAGUCCGCUACUUCCAAUUCGCCUUUUGCCCUGCAGCCCCAGAGGGGCAGCGGAAACGGCAGAGGCAACAACGGUAGAGGCUGCGGGAGGCUUUAGGUUGUCACCGACGGCAGCUUCUGCCAGCUCCGCCCCAGCAUCUGCUGCUGCAACAACCGUGGAAGGUGUCAGCGUCGAUUCAAGUGAUGACGAGCCUGAGCUAUGUGGCUUUAGAGCCCCUACCUCGGCGCGGGCAUCUGUGUUCGCUGCGGAUCAGCAGCAGCAGCGCCUGCAGCACGAGACAAUCUGCGAUCGAGAUACCGCAGCAUUUUUGUGGGGCGAAAUUGGCCGGGACGAAAGGUCUGCCACACGGAUGAGCCACCGUACCUUUCCUCCAGCAGCAGUUACCGCUGAAGGACACCUAGCUGCAGCUGCAACAAACCGUGCUGCUGCGGCUCCUGCAAUGGACGAGGCCGUUUCGGGACUCAGGUCUACUGGUCUCGAGCCAACGGACUUGCUGCCAUACCUCGUGAUUCCACAGGGUCUCCCACACCAACUGCAACUGCUGCAGCACCAACAGCAAGUUCAGCAGCAGCUCCGGCAUCAGCAGCAUCCGUUAGCUGGGACAGUGAGAUCACAGCAGAACCUAGCUGCAGGCUCUGCUGCUGCCACUGCUGCUCACCGUGUUGUUUCCCGCCGCCGGAUUAGGAGGACAAUGCUGCCAUGGCAGCGGCAGUUGCAGCGGAGUGCAACAGGUUCUGUAGUAGCAACAGCCACAUCAGGAGAAGCGGCUGAUGGUGCGUUUGAUCAAGUGUUAGUGUCGCUGCAACAGCAGCAGUUGUGGGCGGAGAUGGACUUAUGGCAACAACCGCAGCAGCAGCGAGGAACCCCGCUUCACGUGCUGCAGCAGCUACCGACUCUUCCUUUCAAACACAGGACAUCAGCGCCCCUCACCACUGCUGCCUCUGCGACGUGUUGCAAUAGCGGCGAGCGCAGCAGUGGCAGCAGUAGCAGCGGUCAGGUUGGGGAGGAAGAUGACAAAGAAAAAUGUGCCAUCUGUUUGGAUUCUUUUGUGGAGGCUCAAAUAGUGCGUUUCCUUCCCUGUCUUCAUUUUUUCCAUGUGAGCUGCGUAGAUACGUGGUUGCAGCAAAGUGACGUGUGCCCCAUUUGCAAAUGGCCCGUGCAGUGCACGGCUUCGCCUCAUACAGAAGCUAUCUCUUAG